AUGGCUCCACCGGGCCGUGCCUUCAACGGGUCCGGACCAGGCUGGGCCACCGUUUGGCCAUCUAUAGCAGUUGGGGCGUGGAGCUGUUUGGUCCCAACUCCUGGGCCAUGCACGCCGUGCAAUUGGGAGCCGCUUCGGGGUCUCCUGGGGUCGAUGGGCGAUGGCGUUCUGGUCGUGGGCUCCGCUGUGCUGGGAGACCUGGGGCGCGUGGCUGCUGUGGGAGUUGCGGCUCCGCCGACCUCCAUGCUGGAGCUUCAGCAGCACCUGUGCGUUCCACUGCAGACUCCGUUAAUCCCAGGGAGGCCGAAGCGUAGAGUGGCAAAGAUCGAGAGACUAAGCUCUCCGUCGUAUGUAAUCAACUUGAUUAAUGAAAGGAGAAGGCGCCACGGGCUGCAGGCAACUGUUACUUGCGUCCUCUGUGAGUUCCAGGGGACAGCGUCGGCUCCUAGUGUUCUGUUACAACUCAUCAACGAAGAAGCCAGAGAGUGGGCAGUCACAGGUUACAGGCAUUUGCAGUCGCUUCUUCUCCUACGAGUAUUGCUUUGUAGCUUUCUGUUUUGUCGUGCUGCGGCUUGUGUAAUAGCAGCUGGGAGCAGCGCGGCUGGCGUGAGGCGGCGUGACUGGCCUGGAGCCCACGGUGGCGGGCGACACAGGGCUAUCUGGAUCGGCGGCCAGCGCAGGGCUCGCUGGAUCAAAGUACAGCGCCGGCAGCUGGUGCGUGGGGCGCGGCAGCUUGGAACCACGGUGACGGCAUGUGGGGCUCGGCAGCUUGGAACCACGGUGAUGCCAAGUGACGAGGACAUCACUCCUUCAGAUGCACCGACUGAUCCGGAACCCCCAUCCCCAUCACCAAGUCUACGCCAGCCCGCCGCGCAAAGGCCGGUGAUGCUCGCGGUUCGGCUGCUCUUCCCUGACGCUCAGCCGCCAGCAGAUCUGCGAGUCGCUGCUCCUACCCGCCGCGGUUCGGUUUCUCUUCCCUAG